CAUCUUUCCCUGACGCACCGCUGCUGUUAUGUCGCUGUUAUGGAAACCAGCGUCUGUAUUCAGAUAUAAAAGAAAGUGAUAGGGGGGGUCAAAAAGCAGGCUGUACCAGUCCGAUGUCUUAAAUUAAAAUCUUUAAAAAUAACAUCAUUCAGCAUUCUCGUGGAAUUAUAAUGAAUUCAGACCGCUUCGCACUAACGAUUGACGAAUACUUAGCCGAGAAAGACGUGAUGUUCUACCUUGAGGACGCGAUCACUCAACUGCUGGAGCACAAGGAGGAAUACGUCCAGUUUGGGGUCAGCCGCUAUCUCGCAGAAUAUUUUAACAGUGUCCGCCAUGGAAGCCACGUCCUCUUUAGGGAGUUUGGCUACAUCAAGGCCACACCCCAUAACAGGGCCUCCUUCAUCCGCAUCUUCUGGAAGUGUUACAGGCAGAUUGGCAAGAAUGGAGUCCUUCUGUCCGCGCUGGAGUACAGCUCGCUGCUGCAGCUGAUCUGCCCGGACUUUCCAGUGGAAGUUGCGCAAGGUGCAGCAAGGAUGGUGCUGAUGGACGACGCCUUGGACUGCCCCAUGACCUUCGCUGAUUUCCUGCACGCCCUCCAGAUCCAGCUGUACUUUGAAGAGUUCAUAGAGAGCAUCACGGUGAUUUACCAGGACCUGCUGUCCGGGAAGAGCCCCAACACUGUGAUCGUCCCCACGUCGACCUCAAUGGAACAGCUCCCCCCGCUGGCCACCAGUGAGACGGCAGCCCAGGAGGGGGUGGAUGCUUCAGCCUUCCAGGAUGCAGUAGAAGCGGCCUGUGAGAGAUAUAAGCAUCGCCACCCGCCUGCUCCUGCCAUCGGGGAGAUCCUGCAGCAGGACGAGCGGGUCACCCUGUACGGCUUCCUCAUGGCCCUAGCUAAACAUGAGGGUAUCAGUGAGGAGAUCGGUUCCUUGCCGAGCAGAGCCAACCUGCUGAUAGACCCAGAGAUGGACCAGGAGCUGGAGAGGCUCAUUGCCCAGAUCUCAGUCAGCCCCACAUCCAGCAACAGUCACACGGCUGCCCACCGGGAGUCCGGGAGAAAGGCAUCGCCCCGCAAAUCUCUGCACCACCGCAAGAGGAUCGAGAUGGAGAGCGACGGCUCCACGGAGGAGACUGACUCCUCGGAGAACUAGGAAGGCAGGGGAGGCGGCCUGCACUCGGACUGGUUCACAAGCUCCUGAGUAAUAAUGAUAAUGACUUCAUGGCCGCAGAGAGAUCCCCCUCGGUUUUAACUAAACCUACCCUACAUUAUUCAAAGAGGAAGUGCUUUAUUUCAGUAUAGUAUUAAAUCCCAACCAACUCACUUAUUGCUUGGACAGUUGAUUGGUUGAGUGAAUUUCUCCUUGCUGUUUUUAUAAAAUUUAAGUACCAUGACUGCUUGGGAAACCCCUUUUAAAAAGGGAUAUAAUUUUUCGUAACAUUUAUCGUUCGAAGAAAAGUGAAUGUUCAUCAGGGCGUCCCCUGUAACGUCAGCCCACUACUGUCGUAAGUGAGGAAAGGAAGGUAUCAUAUAACAACAUUUUUAUUUAUUUAGGUGCUCACAGGACAGGAACAGCAGCUAACAGGUGGUAUCCUCUCCUUAUGACCCAAGGAUGCCUGAAUGUGCAGGAAUUAGAAGCCAAUAGCGUACCUCAAACAAACUGAACAAACUGCAACGACAACACAAAUGUCUAAAUCAUGAAAUUAAAAUGGCACGUGAGACAGCUAACAUAGGCAUAUGUGCGUAAAAUAUGAUAAAAUGUAAACAAUGCUAACGCUGCUUUUGUAUAAUGUCAAUGUUGCUGAAUCUGACCAUUUAUGCAGCGAAAUCAAUUUUCCAAUCUGCUUUUUCGGGGUUUCAGGAGAUGCUGUAUUGGGCAACAGUCUACUUGAGGGGAAACAAACAAUGUAGUAUUACACUCUUACUUGCUGUUUUAAUUAACCAGAACUAAGUGUUAGUUAUGUAAUGAUCCCAUGUUCAUUCAUUAUCAUUAAUCAAUCAUAACAGUUUAUGUUGUUCACGCAGUUACUGUGUUUGUUCACGAUUUGUACUCGAGUUGUAACUGAGUUACAGUACUAAGUUACAUGUGCCCCUAUUUUCUUGCAUUCUUCUUGUGAUCGACACAUUAAUUCGCUAGUUUCCUAAUUACUAGCUUCAGCCAUUAUGACAAACUGAAUAAAAUUGUGAAAGUCUGCCCCUAGUGGCAGAUCCCUUAUUCAGUAUUAAGCAUUAAGGGUCAUUAGGCAAGACAAAAAUGAGGAAGUGCAUGUUAGUCGAUACAGAAAACGCAAAAAAUUUGAAUGUGGGUUUCUGCCAUCCAUUGUGACUAUAUUUCUUAGACUGAAAUUUUAUUGGAAUAAUGAAGUUCGACUUCUCAAGCCUAGUACAUUCAAAUUAUAAAUUAAUAUCCUUGCACAGAUUUGCCACCUAGAUGUUUACCUGGAAUGGCAGCAGUGGUCACGUGACGUCAUAAAGACAUUCAAUACGUUCAGAAUGACAGUCCAUGGAAUAGACUGUGUUCUCUCACUCAUUCUCUGUCACUUAUCCAGCUCUCGUUCACACCACACGUCUUUAAAUCGGCUAAGCUUAUGGUUGUUUUUUUACUGUUGCUUUUGGAGGGUUCCAUAUUUGCUGUGCUGCUUCAUAGAAGGUGAUGAAAGCAUUAACUUUGAAAAAUAUGCUGAAUUCAGAGCUUUGUGCUAGUUUUUAUCAUGUUAAUAAACUGAAUUAUAUUUCCCAGUUUAUAACAAUAAUAAUUCAUGCAAAUUAUUUAAGAGUAAAGGCCCUGACAGAGUAACAUAAUAGUAAAUGAACAUACAGUCCUCAAUGGUAGCAUGAAUUGUCUCUCUGUUACUGCAUGAACCUUCCUGAUUAUCUGUCUUAUCACUGUGUUAAUUAAUAAGAUAAUGAAGAUAAUUAUCAUCCA